AUGCCGAUCCUAAAUUUUGCUUCAGUUUCCGAGGACGCCGUUGCCACUCUUAGGGAUAGGGACGAGUUCGAGGAUGGUUUCAGAGGGGCCUCGAGGCCUACGGGGCCAUCCUGGGCGCGCUGGGCGCGGGCGCGGAGGGACCCCGAGCCGCGGGCGGGGCUCCCGGGCGCUCGGACCUGUGAUUGGCCAGGGAGCACAAGCGCAUCGUGUCGGUCGUUGUGUUCUGCCUCUCCGCUCCAUGUAACGGCCCUCCUCGUCGUCGUCGUCCUCCUCCUCCUCCUCCUCCUCGGCGUCGGCGUCGGCGUCGGCGUCGUUUUCGUUGAUUCUACAGGCUUACGCCACAUCCGCCGACCCCUUCUGUGA